UAAGAAAAUUGGCAAUUGACCAAAUAUUAAACAAUCAAUCGAUCAAUUUAAAGAGUUUAAACAUUGGAAUAUUUAUCAUAGGAAUAGUUUUUUUUUGCGGAUGAGCCUAUUCUUUGAAACUAUUGAUUUGGGGAAAACACUCGUUAUGUCACGUGACUUAUUUAGGUAAUUUUCCAUAUAGAGAAAACAGACGACAUUCACAUUAUAGUUUGAUUUUGAUACAACAUGAAGUUUUCGGUCAAAAGCGGACAGCAAGUUGCUCGAAUGGUGGAUGUUUAUUCUCACUAUUGUCCACAACCGUUGUCAAUGCAGCGGUUUAUAGAUUUUGGGACAAAAACCGGUACAGAACAAUCAUCCUUUGAAUUUUUACGAAGAGAAUUGCCAGUACGCUUGGCUAAUAUAAUGAUGGAGAUGAACCAGUUACCAGAACCUCUAUUAAAUGUACCAUCAGUUACAAUGGUCAGCAACUGGUAUAAAAAAAGUUUUGCUGAAAUUUUAAGCUUUGAGAAUUCAGAUGGUAAAGACCUAGAUACAUUGUCAACUUUUGCUGAUACUCUUGUAGUAAUCAGAAAUCGGCACGCAAAUGUGGUUGAAACAAUGGCGCAGGGAGUUAUGGAAUUAAAGGAUAGGUAUGGAGAAGAAAACAUGGAUACAUUACAGUACUUCCUCAACAGAUUCUUUACAAGUAGAAUUAGUAUACGAAUGUUAAUUAACCAGCAUGCUUUAUUAUAUGGUUCUCAGUUAGCCAACCACCCUAGACAUAUAGGUUGUAUAGAUCCUAAAUGUAAUGUACUAGAAGUUGUUAAAGAUGCCUAUGCCAAUGCUAGAUUUCUUUGUGAACAGUAUUAUCUUACAGCACCUGAACUUGAACUAAUAACACAUAGUAAACAUGAUAAUGAAGAAGAUAUAACAAUAGUGUAUGUCCCUUCACAUUUGUAUCAUAUGUUGUUUGAAUUGUUUAAGAAUUCACUAAGAGCAGUUGUAGAGAAUUUCUCUGUAGAUAGUACUUUGCCAAAAUUAAAAGUUCAUGUAUGUAAAGGAAAGGAAGACUUAACUAUUAAGUUGUGUGACCAGGGAGGUGGAAUACCUUAUAACAAUAUAAACAAAUUAUUUGAGUAUAUGUAUUCUACUGCACCAAGUCCAUCAUGUGCUAAUUCAGGAUCUGCUCCACUGGCUGGCUACGGAUAUGGCUUACCGUUGUCAAGACUAUAUGCCCAGUAUUUUCAAGGAGAUUUAGUUAUCUCAUCAGUGGAUGGAUUUGGUACAGAUGCUUAUAUAUAUCUAAAGGUUUUAUCAAAUGAAGCCAAUGAGUGUUUACCUAUAUAUAACAAAACAUCAGCUAGAAUGUAUGAAUCAGAUGUUGUUGUUUCGGAUUGGACGAGUCCACCAAAAAGUCCACAGAAUUCCCGGACAUUUUCAACUCUCUCUAGAACGUAUCAGCCACGGACUUGAUUUUGUGAUCUUCUGUAAUGAAACCCAGAAAUUUCCCAUCACUAACAACCAGUUUUCAGCAUUAACAGAGUAGAAGUUUGAUAAUAGUUGGUCAGCUUAUUCUCAUAUAAAUGAUAUUUGUAAGGAGAGUAGUAGUGUGUUUCAUCUACUGGAAUGAAUGUACAUUAUAUAUGUUGGGUAUUUAUCUGUAAAGUUUUGUAAUCAUGUUGAUAUUUUGACUGAGAUGAGAAAAAAUGGUAUAUAUUGGUGCUACAAUAUUUGUAAUAUAUUUGCUAAACUAAUUAUGUAGUAAGAUUUUUUUUAUAAUAUGUGAAUUUUUGUAUUCGAAAGUGUUCACUAUAGAUUGUUCAUACUAAUAAUAUUUUACUAUACCAUGCAAAAUGAAAACAGUUCAAACUUGUACAACACUAGUCAUUUAAAGAAUUGUUUUUAAUAUUAAAUAUUUUCCAUUUAGGAAAUGAGGGGUCAUAAAACAGCAUUUUGUUUUUAAAUGUUAUAUGUUUGUCUUUUUCAUUUUCAUUGCAAUUUCAUGCAAACAUGCAGAUCAAAUGUCACUACGGUAACUGAUAUUUGAUUUGAUAAAUGAAUUAUGUCUGUUUGUUUUGCUCACACAUUGCUGUCAAUAUAAUGGAAUUCUAUACAACUGUCAUACAAGUGAGAGGUUUAGCUAGCUAUAAAACCAGAUUUAAUCCACCAUUUUCUACAUAAGGAAAUGUCUAUACCAAGUCAGGAAUAUGACAGUUGUUUUCCAUUUGUUUGAUGUGUUUGAGCUUUUGAUUUUGCCAUUUGAUAAAGGACUUUCUGGAAAUUUCCUUGGAGUUUGUGGUAUUUUUGUUAUUUUACUUUUUGAAUAAACUCUAGAGUGGGUGGCGCAUAUUCGCCGUGGACACAUUUUUGCCGUUUUUGCAAUUUUUUCUGUAAAUUUUGUGUGCCUUUACCCAAUACUUGCCUAAAUAGAUACUAAACGCUGUUUGUAAUGUUCGAACUGUUGAUAUUCCUCUUUACCCCAUUUCCAAUGUUAUUCGCACAUAUAAAGAAAUAUGCAGGUGUUUUUGAACGAUUUUGGCAAUUAUGUAAGAUUUAUAUGGCACGCAUGUGCAGUCAUAAAGUAAAUAUUUGUAAGAAGAAUCCUAUCGGAAUGAUCUCUCAAGCUAAUUCAUGUAAUUGCAAACAAUUGUUUUUAAUAUACAGGGACAAUGAGGAUGGUCAUAUCAUACAUCGCGGCGAAAAUGUGUCAGAACAACUUGAUUUCCAGUCUUGAGUUUGCGUUCAUUUUUAAAACAUUUAACCAAUGUUUUGAAGAGAAUUCCUUUAUCAAACAUUUUUUUCAUAUAGUAAACUUUCUGAAACCUACAUAAAAAGUUUCAAAUAUUCGAAUGUAGGUCGGAUGUAGUUGGAAAUAAACGAAUUUUGCGGCGAAUAUGCGUUACCCACUCUAUAUAGAAUAAAAACAUUUCUACAUUUUAUUAGGUGUAUAACUAAUCUUUGUUUGAAAUCAAGGCCAAUGGAGAAUUGAUUUUGUUACUGUUUUAUCAAAUGGCCAGUAUGGGCUGUUGCCAUCUUGUGUUAUCUCAAAUUUUCUUUUCUCUAUGUUGAAUUUAAGAAGCUGUGUUUCUGACUCACUAGGUCUGGACAAAAAUGUUAUAAUAUAACUGGUCUUUAAAAAUUUUGAGUACUUUGAUAGGUUGGAAAUAUGUAUGAUGUGUAAUCAAGGUCACUUCAUUUUAUUGCGUACAUGUUAUUUGAGGCCUCCAGAAGUGUCUCAAUUUUUGUUAUUUAAGAAAACCUUUAUUUUUUGUUAACUGCAUUUCCCCCUGCAUUGGAGAUAUGCAAAUUAGAGGAAUCAAGUUUAAAUAUCUUUAUUUUAUAAAGGCAAUAUUUCACUCUUGGUUUACUGGGCAUUUUCAAGUUAUCUGAUUUCAUUGUUAUUUAAUUCUUAUCCAAUUAGGGACAUUUAAAACAUCAAAUUGUUUGAAUGUAUCAUUUAUUUAUUAGAUAACUAGUUAACAUGUAUUUAUUUAAUGUAUGAGUACCAAGUUAAGUUUUAUAAAAAGAAAUGAAAUCCAUUUUAUUCUUGUACUCCGAAAUCCCUAAAAAGUUGAAUCUAGUGGAAAAUGAUAAAUUUGAUUCAGACAACUCUAUCAAUUUUACAACAUAUAAAUAAUUUGCAGGAGGAAAUUUUCAUGACAAUAUUCAGAUUAAUAAAAACUCAUUCAAAUCACAUAUUUCUGAAUUCCAAUUCACAAUCAUGACUGAAUAAAUUAGACAUUUGUGUAUUUAUAAAGCAUUUUUUUUUUUCCCAAUUGAAAUGAGGUUGUUGUUAUUUCUUUCUAAUUGAUAUGGCAUAUGGAAUUAGAUUUAUUAUAUUUUAAUCAGAUUCGAAAUAAAAACCAAACAUAUACUUUUGUAAAUGAUAUUAUAUUUUAAUUCUACGUAUGAAAGGUGAGAGGCAAUAUUAUUUUUGGGAAAAAAGCUGUACAAAAAAAAUUUAAAAUAUGUACAACUGUCUUUGGUAAAGUUUUGACUCGUACUUCAUUAGAAUAUUUAGCUAACCAGGUCAGAAAAAGUAUAAAGGUAUUUGCAUCUUACUGUCUUUCAUUAAUUUAUUCCAACAAAAAUGGUCAAUAUUUUUCUCUACCUUUUAUACAGGUAUUCAUCUAUGGUUACCCAAAUUGUUUUAAAAGUUUACAGAAGAAAAGAGUAUAUAUAUUGAAUGAAUGAUGUAUGAGCAGUCCUUUAUAAAGAUUUUACAUUUUGUUAAGUUUAGAUUGAAGCAUAACUAACAAAAUUAUGCGGGUAUUUUUUUAACCUACAACAGCAUUUUUUAAGAUUUAUGUAGAGAACCAUAAAGACUUCUCUCAUUGAUAUGGCAUUUAUAGUGGUAACAGAUAUUCAUAUAUACAUGUAAAAUAUGUGUUUCUUGCUGGUAGAAUGAAAGAUCUGGCUGCUAAAGGCAAUUACUGGUAUUUAAUUAUGAGAUCUCAGAAACAAUGCAAAACUUUUUAAAUAACAACUAAAAAGAUGUGUGGAAAAGUUGUCCGAAGAUCUUUUCAGGAUUGGGUGAUCUUAGAUUUGAGACAUUCAGUUGAGGUCUUUUUCAGUUUUUCUAUUCAACAAGUGUUUAUAAAUAUUCAAACUUCAAUUAAUCUCUUCCAUACCAUUGGUAGCCUUUGUUUUUAUUCACAAUUUGUCUAGACCAGAUGAACUUGCCAUUUGGUAUAGACCCUUGUUUAUAGAUGAAGACCAUAUGUUGCCUUCUAGAGUUCUUUUCUGUUGUGAAUAAAUUAACAGAAACUGAUAUAAAAACAAAAAAUUCCCUACAAAACAGAAAACAUUAAGACUACUAACCACAACCACUAACCAGGUAUUUGACUUUUCAGACACAUUUUAAUAUGUGAUGGGUUUUAAAACAAAUUUUUUUCAACAAUCUUUCAUUUAAAUCAGUGGAAUUUUAAGGGUAAGGGAGAGAAACAUACAAUAAAAUCUAUUUCAGGAAAAGUCUGCAUUUUGUUAUGGUGUAUAAAUGUGAAUUUGUAAUUUGUUGAUAGUGUGUUUGUGUUUUGGAAUAUGGAAGUGUGAAAUUCAGAAUGCUUAUUUUCUUGCUGAUGUGUAUGGUUUGGUGUAUAAAUGUAGUUUCAAGAUAACGUGUUGGUGUUUUGGAAUAUGGAAGUGUGAAUGUUUAUUUUCUUGCUUAUGUGUCUGGUUUAGUGUAUGAAUGUGAAUGUGUACUUUCUUUGUAAUAUAUAAGCAUGUGUGUUUGUGUAUGGAAGUUUGAAUGUGUAGCAUCUUGCUAGUGUGUAUAUGUAGUUUCCUGUUGGUUGGUCUGGUGUAAAACUAAAAUCUUGUUUUACAAUCUAUAAAAUGGCAAUUUUGGUUAUGAAUUAAUUUUAUUUUCAUGACACUUACAAGAGCAUGAAAAAUACUACCUAUUAAAAUGAUGAUUUAUAGGUUGUUUUUUUUUAACCCAACUAUGACCAGUUUAAAAUAUUCAUCCAUGCACUUAUUGUAUGAUGAAUGAUAACAUGAAAUUACAUACCUGCCAAUAAUAUGCUGCAUCAACAAGUUAAAAAGUUACAUCAAUGGAAAGUUAUUUUUUAUAGUAAUACAUGUGUGAAUGAAGAAAGCUUGUUAACUUGAAGUUAAUCACUAUUAUUUUUUUGAGAAAAUUGUUUUAAAUAUUUUGUAUUUGUAAAUUAUAAAAUGGUAUGUCAAAAAAUGCCAGUUACUACAUGUAUCUUCAAUAGUCAUAUGAAUAAUGUUAGUUUUAUCAUUAUUUGGUGGAAAUUAAAAGAACUUUAUUUCCCUAUAAA